AUUUACUAAAAUAUUAUUUCGGACUUCGUUCCCGCUAAAUUUAAUGUCAAUCAAAUUGUAAUGGCAAAAAAAGAUAAUCAGCACUUAUUGACGUUGAUAACUCUGUAUACUGUGUGAUUUAGAUGAAGUGAAUUCAUUAAAUGUAAUUAAGUAUGUCUCUCCUUGAAGAUGUUUUCCUACAAGAUGAAGCUGAUGAGGCACAGGAGCUGGAGAGAGUGAUCGAAGGUGAUGAAUAUGAUGAGAGGCCUCGUUCCAGGUCUGCAACUCCUGAAGAAGAUGAAAAUGUUAUUGGAGAGGAUGAAGCAGAAGAGGAUAAAAGACGAGUUGAACCUACUUCCAGUAAAACUAAGAGAGUGAUCAAGAACCCUAGGUUUAUAUUAAACCCAGCAAGGUUAACUGGCCCCAGAGGUAUACAAGUAAUCCGUGAGCACUUCAAGGACUUUAAAUUUAAAGGCAAGGGCCAUGAAAAGGAAGACCUUGACAUGGUUCUAAAGAAACUGGAGCAUUGGGCUUAUAGGCUGUACCCCAAGUUCCAGUUUGAAGACUGCUUGAAGAAAAUUGAAGCUCUUGGCAGAAAGAGACCAGUUAUGGUACACCUCAGUAAAAUCCGAAGCGACCAAAUCCUGACUGAAGAGACAGUUGUCCAAAAAGACUCAAGUGAUGAAGAAACUCAGAAUGAACCACCACAAGAAGAGGAUGAGUUUGACAAGUUGCUGCAGCAGCAGAUAGAGAUAGCCCGGGCUACACCUGCACCAGGGUCUGUUAAAAAGGUCAUGGAUACACCCAGACAGGAAAGAUCACCAUUCACAAUGCCGAAAGCAACAUCAUCGCCAUCAAUAAGCGACGAACAGAAAGAAAGAAUGAUAAGAAACAGAAAACUAGCUGAAGAGAGGCGACUGGCACGACUAGAGAAGCUUGCUACAGAGGCAAGUAAACCUCCAAGUAUUAACAUAGUUGAUGCAGAUGGAAUUACUACAGAACAUAAUAUCACUAAGAAGAACAGAUCUAAUGUUAUAGACAGUUCAGAUGAGGAAUGUAAUGUAACUGCUGUUAAUCAGUCUGUGUCUGUUGAUAUGCAUGCUAAUACUAGUCAUAGUCACGAUAAAGAAGCAAACAAGAGUAUUGAAAGCAAGAACACUGAGGCAGAACAAACUUUAGAUGUAGAUAUGGAUAUUAGUGAUAAAGUUAACUCUUUACAAACCAAUCGUGAACAAAUUACUGGUCAAGAGAAUGUUAGUGAUAAAAAAACUUUAAAUAAUGGAGAAAAUGGUGAUAUACCAGUAAAUAAUAUUGAAGACAUGACUGACAGAGACAAAUUAGGUAUGAGUAAUGGGGAAAAUGGUGGUAAAGUUGAUCUUCAUAAUGUAAGUGAUAAAGGUGAUAUACUAACAGAUGUUGUUGAAGGUAUGACUGACAAUGAUAAGGUUAAUGAUGAUAUUGAUCUUGGAAUAGGUACAAAUAAGGGAGAAAAUAGUAGUAAUAAUGUUAAAGAAUAUCAAGAAACUGAUGAAACUAACAAAGAAUUAGCAAAUCAUGAUGAUAUAUCAAUAAUAAAUACAAAAGAACCAGAAAUAUCUGAAGAACAUUCUGCUAAUAUAAGUAAUAAUGAAAACCGAGUUCAAUCACAGUCAGAAGAUGAAAUACUUAAUGAAAUUAUAGAAGAACCUGAAAAAAUGGUUACAAAAAAUGUACAGACUGCAUUCACACAAUCUACUUCAGGAAAUAAUAAAGAUAUGAUUGAAAAUGUUAAUACAGCUGAAGUCGAAGAUAUUAUGGAUGUGGAUUUCAGUGAUGAUUUUUAAAACAAAUAAAGGAGGUAUUUAUU